GCGGCGCAGGGAACCAAAGCGCUGAUUACCGCGGACGCAGCGUUUACGCGCAGCCGACGCUAAAAGUUGGAUUUACUGAACACCUGCAUGGGGAAACUGUGAGGCUUUAUUGUUUUUUUUUCUCCUGUCGUCUGCUGGGAACCAACUGGCAACUGGAAUGGAACUGAAUCUGUCGAAGAAUGUGAUUUCUUGUGGGGAUACAGGUGGGAUGAAUUUGGACAGAAUCGCAGAGGCAGUGAGAGCACCGCCGCCCCGCGACGUGGCCCCCGCGUUUCAUUUACAGAGAACUUCCAACAGCAGUCGAGAAACUUUAGAGAACUCAAGCAGCGAGUCUUCAGACACAGAGUUGGCAGAAAAGGAGAGGAGCGCUGAGCACAGGAGCGACGAUGGGAACGCGGACGACCCCAAGAAGAAGAAGCAGCGGCGGCAGCGGACUCACUUCACCAGCCAGCAGCUGCAGGAGCUGGAGGCCACUUUCCAGAGGAACCGCUACCCGGACAUGAGCACCAGGGAGGAGAUCGCCGUGUGGACCAACCUGACGGAGGCCAGAGUCCGGGUCUGGUUUAAAAACCGUCGGGCCAAGUGGAGGAAGCGGGAGCGGAACCAGCAGAUGGACCUCUGCAAGAACAGCUACCUGCCGCAGUUCAGCGGCCUCAUGCAGCCCUACGACGACAUGUACCCGGCCUACACCUACAACAACUGGACCAACAAGGGCCUCACCCCGGCGCCGCUGUCCACCAAGAACUUCACCUUCUUCAACUCCAUGAGUCCGCUCACUUCACAGUCCAUGUUCUCCGCGCCCAACUCCAUCUCCUCCAUGACCAUGGCCUCCGGGAUGAGCCACUCCGCCGUGCCGGGGAUGCCCACCCCGGGCCUCAACAACAUCAGCAACCUGAACGGGAUCGGGACGUCCGGCAUCAACUCCGCCAUGUCGUCGUCCGCGUGUCCGUACGGGCCCCCCGGCUCUCCGUACAGCGUUUACCGGGACACUUGCAACUCCAGCCUGGCCACGCUGAGACUGAAAUCCAAGCAGCAUCCGACGUUUGGAUACAGCGGCCUGCAGAGCCCCGGGUCGAGCCUGAACGCCUGUCAGUACAACAGCUGACGGGCCAAAGGCGCGCCAGAAAAUUUACACAAAUAGAAAAUUAUAUAUGUGAGAAACGGACACGGUGUCAGAGCUUAUGGGCUACCUGCGGAUGGGAAAAAAAUAAAUCAAAGACAACUAAACUGGAUUAGUUGCAAUCAUUUUUCCAAAAAAAAAAAAAAAAAGAAAAAAUGGAUUAUGCGGGUUACAUGUGUUUACCAAUGAACUUGCACAGCAAUUUAAAUGUCCAGGUUUUUUGGAUUUUUUUUUUAAAUGAUGAAGACGUGUUACAUUGCUGCAUUGUACAUAUCUAAAUGUAAAUAUAUACAGGUCUACCAUAUGAAACAGACAAUGGGAUUUUUUUUUGUGCUUGCUUGCUUUUGAAGACUGACUGAGGGGGGGAAGAAAAACGUCGAGCUUAAAGAAACCAGACCCACUGAGAAAAAAAAAAGAAGAAAUCUAGACGUUACUGUACAUAUUUUAUACUGCUUCUGUGUGCUUUCUAUUUACCGUAUAUAUAUGCUGGGUGCCACCAGGACGCCUCCCGUUUGAACUGUUUUUCAUUUUGUUUGCUGAAAUAGAAAGAAGCCCGCAUGUUUAAAUGAGUGCAACGUGUUUUGUACGAUAAUGUAAGACUUUGCAGAAGUAAGUUCAUUAGCCUAAACUGUAUACAAAAAGGUGAUUCAAAGUCCUCAUGUGUUUAUGGUAACAUGUUUGUUUGAAUAAACUCCAGGAAAAGAGAGGUUUAUUUCAA